UAAUGCGAAAUAGGUUAGAUAGGGCAACCAUUAUAUAAUGUAAUUGCAUGGACUCUACAGUGCAGUGUAAAACAUUUGACAGCUUUGUUACUUACAUUUUGAUUAUAAUAACUAAAGAUGAAACUGGCUUUUCACAAUAUGUUAUUACAGUGGACUUUCUUUCUUUCUAUCUACUUAUCGAAAAAAGUCAAUUCAGAAAACUGGUAAAUUAUGGCAGAUUAUUUUGUGUGUGAAGAUUGUCUUUUUUUAUUUGGUCUAUUGAAAUUUAUCUUGGUCCAUAUCUAUAACCUAUAUUUGUUUGUACGCUACAGUUAGGUUGCACAUUUACCUGUAGGCUAUGUGUAAUUACUGUGAAAAUACUCAUUAUUGGUAUUUUAACAGCGUUUUGAUGCCCCCAUUUCACCCCACCCACUAAACUUUAAAGCUUGGCACGUUGACAUUGUCGCUUUACCGAAAGCAAAGCUCUCUGAGCAGCUCCUGAGAAUUAACGUUACUUAAAAAUAAUUUUCUGAGUGCAGUUGUUUUGUGUGAAGCUGGUGAUUCAACGUCACAGGCCUCAGCAGGUGUCAGGACUGACGGAGGUCCAAGAUGCCUUACGCUUCAUCCAGCAGAGGGAAGAAGAGAAAGUUGGCAAACGAUAAUUUAGUUUUAGAGCCCCUGUCCAAAUCUUCCAAAGUCACCUUGCUGAGCCCGUCUCUCCUCCUACUGGAAAUCCCUGCCGACACCAACACCAGCCUCCCAGUGUGGGACGCCAUGAGAUCCCAGCAGCUUGACAUCGCCUGGAUCGCCAACCCCUACAGCAUCAGUGUUCAUUUAACCCCUGUGACCUCUAAGCAAGGCACGACUACAACUUCCAGCAAAAGUGAAAGCACGUCCAGCGUGGCACAGACCUCAGCGCCUUCUACCAGCAUCCUGCAGCCUCACAUGGUCAUCCAGUCCAUCACUCAGCAGCAUGGCGCCUCCCAGAACUCCUCCUGUGUCCUGCUAACCUUCUCUCAAAACAGCACCCAAUCACUGCCAAGCCCUCCUGGUCAACUACAGAAAAUACCUCCAAACCCUAACCCAGCCACCUCCCUCAUCUGUCCACUGCCUCUCAUCAUCACCCAACCACAGCCUACCUGUCAGCCCAGCACCCCUACCAAGCAAGGGCUCCUACCCGCCAUCAUGACGCCGACAGCCACCCCCACCAAGCUGCAAGCCCCGUCCAAAGUGCCUGUCCUGUCUCCGUUCCACACGAAGAGCUCCCCCGACAUCCAGAUCUGUGACAACUUCCUUCUAAGUUUGUGUCGCGCAGGGAAAAAGUGUAAGAUGCACCACACUCCCUACCCGUUUCACUGGCAGCUGUGGUGUGUGAUCACCCACCAGUGGAUCGACAUCUGCCCUCGCUCUCAGGUCUUACUGGAGAGGUUCUACAGCGAUGUCAACCAAGAGGUUAUUUACAUCAGGGAUGGGCAUGUCCGCUACAGUCUGAACUUUGACAUGAUGGAGUUGGACGACCCAUCUAAGUAUGAUGGGGUUAGACGACUGACUAACUCUGACAGUCUGGUCAAGAACCCUUACUUUCCCAACAAAUGGAAAAUCUACUGGUGGAACAACUUUGGCUGGGAAGAGUACAACAAGACUGUGUCCACCUGUCUGCUGAAGAAGAUGAGUGAAAAGGAGCCCGAGUCUUCCUUCUAUAUCGGCUCACAGGAGUACAAGUUGGACUUCACCACCAUGAUCCAGACCAACGUCACCACAGGGUACCAGAGGGACGUUCGCUGCAGACCUGUGUACCGCUCCCCUGAUUCCAUGAAGCCUUACCUGCAGACCGGAAUCCAAACUGACCCCAUCGAGCCUGCCAGUGAUCCUCCAGGGGCCAACUUCAGUGUGGACCCUCUGGAGGAGUUCAGCUCCUGGUAUCCUCCAGUAUGGUGUCUGGCCUCAGAGCAGGAUUACAGCCUGGUGGAUGUUCCCGCUGGCACACAGGCCUACCGGGUGGUCCAAAACCUCUUCCAUGAGAGCCUGCCUGAGACCAAGGUGGACAUCAUCGGCAUCCAGCAGGUCCAGAACCUCCUUCACUGGGACAAGUACCAAAGGCACAAGGUGUACAUGCAGAAGCAGCACGCUAAGUCUACAGAGCCUCUGGAGAGACAUCUCUUUCACGGGACAACCAAAGUGGCCUCAGAAGAAAUCUGCCACAACAACUUCGACCCUCGAGUGGCCGGGGUCAACGGAACAUCCUGCGGUUUUGGCUCCUACUUCGCCACCACCGCCUCCUUCUCCAACACCUACUCAGCCAGGGUGGGACCAGAUGAGGUCUGCCACAUGUUCCUGGCCAAAGUCCUGGUAGGGAAGGUGAGUCUUGGAAGGAGCCACUACCGCCGGCCGCCGCAGCUCAACUCCAAGACGAAAGAGCACCGUCUCUACGAUACCUGCGUGGACAACAUGGACAAACCCACUAUGUUUGUAGUUUUUGAUAGCUGUCAGUGCUACCCAUACUACCUCAUCAAGUACAAAGAUCUGCCCAAAGAGAUUGAUAUUUGAUGAGAGAGGAGAGGCAUUGAUAGUGGAGCUAGCUGAUGUUAAUUAUUCAGACAUAAACAGUAUUAAAGGUGUCCAGUUGUAAGAUGACCUGAAAUGUUAUCAAAUGUUAUCAUUUGCAUCUGCAGCAAAUGCUCAGUUCACUUAGAUAAAAUGUACAAUAUAUAGAUUAUGUGCAAUGAAGUUCUACUUGACAACAAUGAAGACAUGUAAGCAGACAGUUAAAAUGUAGUUCAAACUUACGAAGCACUUUUAUUUUGGUUAUUCAAACAUUUUACAUCGAUGGAAAUAAGUAGUUUUGUUUUUCUCUCAAAGGUGUUCUGAAUCAAAUUGACAUCUGUCAUGUUUAGGAAAAUAAACUGUUUACUGAAUACAUUCAUCUCUCUGUAUUUUAACAUGAUAAACAAGUUUGAUCAUCCAUUGUUUUAUUUUAAUCUGUUCAAAUACAGCCAUAUACCUGAUUGUAUGUUUUUCAAAUGUCAGACUGGAAUGUGUUUCACCAAAGUCUCUUGUAGUAAAAGCAUAUAUAUUUCAAAA